GUACAAUCCCGUACUAAGAGAAGACUCACAAGACGUAAGAGAAGAGAAAAUCCAACAGUGACUGUUCACUUGAGCCUACAGACACUGAGUAAGGAAAUAACUCUGCAAUCAAGGAACCGAAAGUCAAGUUUCUGUCUGGAAUUGUCUCCCAAAUUCGGCAUGAUGUCCCAGCGCGCAGCUUUGACCGGCCUCUUCAGUGAUGACCCUUUCUUCAGCCAGGAUCGGCUGCUGUGGCCACUGCACCACAAUGCCCUUUCCUCUCUGCAGCAGGACUUCUUCAACCGGAGAGCCAAGCUGGCCGACAGACUCCUGAUGGAGCUCCAAGAUGGGCCCGAGCUGCUCUCACUUGGCCCGCUGCCCCUCAUUUCCUCCACGCUGGCAAGGUUGAACGACGGCACAGAGAAACAGAGAGAGCUUUGUAGCACAGAGCUGCACAAGGACACCCAGCAGACCGACGACAACAACAAGGACUUCCUGGUGACCCUAGACGCUCGUGGUUAUGCCCCAGGUGACAUCACCGUCAAACUAGAGGGGCGUAGCCUGGCGGUGGUGGCCAUGAAGCAGGCCGGAGCCGAGGAGAAGCAGUCCUGCUCCUCCUCCUCCUCCUGCGCCUCCUUCUGCGCCUCGGCGUCGUCUCAGAUGGGGUUCGCCCAGAAGAUCGACCUGCCCUCUCACCUGGAUCUGUCCGGCCUCUCCUGCUCCUUGAUGGAUAAUGGACAGCUGCGCAUCCACGCCCCCGUGGCCAAGCAGCAAAUCAGCGAGGAGUGCCAGGAGCCCGCUCGGUUCAGGACAUCGUUGGAAUUUCCCAUCAAGAAGGACAGCGCAGAAGGAGAACAUACGGACUGAUGCACACACUCUACACCCGCUAAAAGAAAACACAUUUAAUGUUUUUAUGCACAUGCUUCCACUUAAGGACUCUUAAGAAUAAGAUAAGUUUACAAUUAACAAAUGAAGACAAUAUUUAUUUUAUGAUUGUUAUUUGCAAUUUGCGUAAACUGUUGAAAAAUGAAAUGCUCAAUUGAAAUGAUUUAAUAAAUAAAUAAGACUUUUGUUAAGGA